AAACCGACCGAGUCUGAGUCGUGUGUGCUGUGCGCGCGUGCGUGUCAGCUGACGGCUGCAGAGGGAGCGGCGGCGGCGCCAUCUUGGAUUCAUGAGUGAACGGUGACCGCAGCCUAAAACACCGAAUACCCGGAAUAACACAGAAUAACACUGCUUCGGUCAGAAGCGGACACAGCUGCCUCUGCUGAGCCGGUCCGGAGGGACACAGAGACUGACACGCAGAGUUUUCCAGCAUGGCCCGUGAACACUGAGUGAGACCACCACCAUGAUCGGAGGACUCUUCAUCUACAACCACAAGGGCGAGGUGCUGAUCUCCCGUGUCUACCGUGAUGACAUCGGGAGGAAUGCGGUGGAUGCGUUCCGCGUGAACGUGAUCCACGCUCGCCAGCAGGUACGCUCACCCGUCAACAACAUCGCCCGCACCAGCUUCUUCCACGUCAAGCGCUCCAACAUCUGGCUGGCUGCCGUUACCAAGCAGAAUGUCAACGCAGCCAUGGUGUUUGAGUUCCUCUAUAAGAUGUGUGACGUCAUGACUGCCUAUUUCGGCAAGAUCAGCGAGGAGAACAUCAAGAACAACUUUGUGUUGAUCUACGAGCUUCUCGAUGAAAUCCUGGAUUUUGGGUACCCCCAGAACUCUGAGACCGGAGCAUUGAAGACCUUCAUUACUCAACAGGGUAUUAAGAGCCAGCAUCAUACGAAAGAGGAGCAGUCUCAGAUUACCAGUCAGGUCACCGGACAGAUCGGCUGGAGACGUGAGGGCAUCAAAUAUCGCCGCAACGAACUCUUCCUGGAUGUACUGGAAAGUGUGAACUUGCUGAUGUCACCGCAGGGUCAGGUGUUGAGUGCACAUGUCUCAGGGCGUGUGGUGAUGAAGAGCUACCUAAGCGGAAUGCCAGAGUGCAAGUUCGGCAUGAAUGACAAGAUUGUCAUCGAUAAGCAGGGCAAAGGUGGCACGACUGAUGACUCAGGCAAAAGUGAGUUGGGGGGCAGUGGGAAACAGUCCAUUGCGAUCGAUGACUGCACGUUCCACCAGUGUGUCCGUCUCAGCAAGUUUGACUCGGAGCGCAGUAUUAGCUUCAUCCCUCCCGAUGGAGAGUAUGAGCUUAUGAGGUACCGUACCACUAAAGACAUCAUCCUCCCCUUCCGCGUCAUCCCAUUGGUCCGUGAGGUGGGCCGCACCAAGCUGGAGGUAAAGGUGGUGAUCAAGUCCAACUUCAAGCCCUCCCUGCUGGCACAGAAGAUAGAGGUUCACAUUCCUACUCCACUCAACACCAGUGGGGUUCAAGUUAUCUGUAUGAAGGGAAAAGCCAAGUACAAAGCCAGUGAGAACGCCAUUGUUUGGAAGAUCAAGCGAAUGGCUGGUAUGAAGGAAUCUCAGAUCAGUGCCGAGAUUGAGCUGCUACCCACUAAUGACAAAAAGAAGUGGGCUCGCCCACCCAUCUCCAUGAACUUUGAGGUACCAUUUGCUCCGUCAGGACUGAAAGUGCGCUACCUGAAGGUCUUCGAGCCAAAGCUCAAUUACAGCGAUCACGAUGUCAUCAAAUGGGUGCGUUACAUUGGCCGCAGCGGCAUCUAUGAGACCCGCUGCUAACAGCAGCCCUUCUGUGAGGAGGGGGGAGGAGACGCAGACAAAUAAAUGGGCGGGAUGAACAGAGGACGAAGAGAAUGGAGUUAUUCAUUGUCUCGCUCUCCCCUCCCUUCCUCAACUUUUUAUACGGGGCUCUGUUCACACCGAAAACAUCAACAAAGGGAAACCCAAAAAGAACAUCCAAAACAUCAUGAAUUCAAACAAGUGUGCCCUUCA